UUGUCUUGUCUCAUCAACUGCGGUACAGCGUCUUCAAACUGGAAACCCUGUAUAGAAAGAAAAGUCGCUGAUCAGGUAUUUGGAUCAUGCUGUGAACGAUUUGUUCCGCCUGAAUGCCGAGGAUUGUGUGUAUACGAGACGAAUGCUAUUGAGGCCAGAGUCAUUCUGAUGCAUACAGUUCAACCGUCUCGUUGUCGACUCUACAAGUAUCUGCCAGCUGUUGUUCAUUGUGCUGCACAAACUCACGACAAUACUGAAUGUUGUCGUGCUAACGGCGUCGCUCAAAUCGGUGAACAAUGCAUUCAGAUGUGUCAACCACAGGCGAAUCCUCGACGUUUUUGGGGUGUAAAGUCGCUGCGAAAGGAUUUGGUUGUAUGCUUAGCAAAAUGGGACCAAAUAAUGCAAUGUCAUCAGGCUGGUCUACGUGCAAGAAAAGUCGCUCGACUACCGCCUUAG